UGUAGCCAUGGAGAAAAUGUUGUAUUACUACAUUCUCGCAUAUGCAUUCCUGACCAUAACCUUUCAAACGCCUUGUUCAGCCAAAAUGAGCCUUGCCACUGAUCAAACUGCCCUUCUUUCACUAAAACAACACAUCAUCUCUGACCCUUCUCAUAUACUCGCAACAAAUUGGACUAAUUCGAGCUCCGUAUGCAGCUGGAUUGGCGUCUCUUGCAGCUCGCGCCACCAUAGAGUAUCCGCGUUGAAUCUCUCUUAUAUGAGUUUCUCAGGCACCAUUCCCCCACAGCUCGGGCAACUCUCCUUCCUCGUCUCCCUCGACCUCACCAACAACAGCUUCACAGGUUCCAUCCCCAAAUCUCUCUCAAACCUAACAAACCUACAAUUUCUUGGCCUAUCUUUCAAUACUCUGAGCGGAGAGAUCCCAAAGGAGUUAGGGAAACUUCGGAAUUUGCAAACUCUGGUGAUCGAAUUCAAUCAUCUCUCCGGUGCAAUACCAUCUGAGAUAUUCAACUUGUCGAAGCUCGUGAAUAUAACUUUGACAGGAAAUGAAUUGAGUGGAAGUCUUCCGACAAACAUUUGCAGCAAUCUUCCAUUUCUUGCUGGGAUUUAUCUCUCUUUAAAUCAGCUGAGUGGCGCGAUUCCGACAAAUUUAUCCUUAUGUUCAAAGCUUGAGGCGUUGUCCUUAUCUGAUAACUCUCUCAGUGGGCAGAUACCGGCGGAAAUUGUGAAUAUGUCUUCUUUGGAAGAAUUAACACUACAGCGCAACAAUUUCACUGGGAAUCUUUCAAGGGAUUUUGGGAAUCUUACUAUGCUAGCCGAGUUUGACAUAACUGAAAACUACAUGACAGGGCAUAUUCCUACUGAAUUUGGCCAACUUCGCCGACUGAAGAUAUUACUGUUACCGUUGAACAGCUUCAGUGGAACUAUUCCACAUGAGCUUUUUAACAUUUCAACUCUUCAAAUCCUCUCACUUGUUCGGAAUGUUAUAUCUGGAGUUCUUCCAACUAAUCUAUGUAGUACCUCUCUCAUUCUUAAAGAGCUUAAUAUUGCAGAUAACUCAAUCUCUGGGCCAAUACCAAAUUCUAUAUCUAAUUGUUCUCAACUCAAAUAUCUCUCACUUGGUACUAACAAAUUCAGUGGUUAUAUACCUAUGGAUCUUGGCAACCUUAGACUUCUCAAAUCCCUUCAUUUGUUCGAAAACAAUCUUACAAAUGCACCAUCUUCAUCAAACCUGGGCUUCCUUACAUCAUUAUCAAAUUGCAGGUCUUUAACUGAAUUACUUGUUUCUGAAAAUCCUCUAUACGGCGUCAUUCCAGCUUCUGUCGGGAACUUAUCAUCCUUACUCGGAAUAUUCUCUGUCUCCCGUUGUAAAUUAAAUGGCAGCAUUCCUGUUCAAAUAGGCGGUUUAAGAGGCUUGAUGAUCUUGGAUUUAGAGGGCAAUCAGUUAUCUGGUAAUAUUCCCUUCUCCACCAAACACUUGCAUAAGCUUCAAGCAUUAUCUCUUGGUGCUAACAUGUUGCAAGGCUCCAUUCCAGAGGCUGUAUGUGAUUUAUACAACCUUCAUUUUGUAACCAUUAGCCAAAACCAAUUAUCAGGUUCAAUUCCUAAAUGUUUGGGAAAGAUCUCUUCUUUAAGGUAUAUUUUGAUGGACUCCAACAUGUUGCAUUCAAGCAUACCUACAAGCUUAUGGGAUCUAAAAGAUUUGCUGAUUCUUAACUUGUCCUUCAAUUCAUUGAGUGGGUUUUUGCCUCAACAGAUGAGUAACUUACGAGCAGCAAUCGAUAUAGAUCUAUCGAUGAAUCAGUUGACGGGGUCUAUUCAUAGCACUAUUGGAAAGCUACAGAAUUUGGUAAAUCUGUCUUUGGCAAAUAACAGACUCGAAGGUUCUAUUCCAGAGUCAAUAGGAAACAUGAUAAGUUUGGUGAGCCUUGACUUGUCCAACAACAACCUCUCUGGCUCAAUUCCAAAGUCUUUGGAGUCACUUCAACAACUCAGCUACCUUAAUGUCUCCUUCAAUACUUUGAGUGGUGAAAUUCCUAGUGGUGGAUCUUUCAGAAACUUCACAAUGGAUUCUUUUAAGGGUAAUGUGGCAUUGUGUGGAAUUCCGAGGUUCCAUGUCCCAAUUUGCCAAGCAGUUUCAAAUCAUAGAUCAAAGUGGAAAAAGAAGGGACAAGCCUUGUUUAUUGGGGUUGUGGUUUUCAUUUCAAUUAUUUCUCUAGUUUUUCUCUUUGAUAGGUACAAAAGGAAAGGCAAAACAACUAGAGAAGUUGAUGAGAUAAUAUCUAUUGUGCCAGAAAGAAUCUCUUAUUAUGAACUUCUGCGGGCAACUGAACAAUUCAGUGAGAGCAAUUUGCUUGGCACUGGGAGUUCUUGCUAUGUGUACAAAGGAAUUCUAAAUAAUGGGAAGGUUGUCGCUGUCAAAGUCUUUAUUCUUCAGUUAGAAGAUAUUUCAAGGAGAUUUGAUGUCGAAUGUGAGAUACUUCGUAGCAUUCGACACAGGUGUCUGAACAGUGUCAUAAGUUGUUGUUCCAAUGAAGAAUUCAAGGCCUUAGUACUUGAAUAUAUGCCCAAUGGGAAUCUUGAGAAAUGGUUAUAUUCCCACAACUAUUUCUUGAAUUUCAUGGAAAGAUUGAGUAUAAUGGUGGAUGUUGCAUCAGCUUUGGAAUAUCUUCAUGGUGGAUAUUCGACACCAAUUGUCCACAGUGACUUGAAGCCAAGUAACGUCUUGUUAGACGAAGAUAUGGUUGCCCAUGUAAGCGAUUUUGGGAUAGCAAAGUUGUUGUGCAAUGGAGAUAGCUCGGUGUUAACCAACACCCUAGGAACAUUGGGUUACAUUGCUCCAGAGUAUGGUUCAGAAGGACUAGUCUCCACAAGGUGCGACGUCUAUAGCUAUGGGGUGAUGUUGAUGGAAGUCUUUACGAGAAAAAAGCCAACUGAUGAUAUGUUUGUUGGAGAUCUAAGCUUGAAGAGUUGGAUUGAGAGGUCAGUUCCACAUUUCACAUAUCAAGUUGUGGAUGCCAACUUGCUAAUGAACGUGGACGAAGAACAUGGCGACAAAAUAGUAAAGUUCACAUUAUCCACACUCGAGUUGGCCUUAAAGUGUUGUGCAGAUUCUUCUCAUGAAAGGAUUAAUAUGAAAGAAGCUCUAGCAGAGCUACACAAAAUCCGACGUGGGUUUUUGGGAUGAAGCUUAAAU